GUCGCGGUGCCCAUUGCAUUGCUCCUCUUCAUCGUCGCGAGGCCGAUGCUGGAUCCAGUUGAACUGCUCGAAGACAUUGCGCUCGACUGCGUCGCGCUGCGCAACGCAUGUGCGAGGCUGCUGGUGCUUGAUCCCGUCGUGCUGCGCAGAGACGCGGUGCUCGACUGCGCCGCGUUGCUUGGCGUCGCGGCGCUCGACUCCGUCGCGCUGGACCCCGCCGCGCUGCUUGACGUCGCGGUGCUCGACUCCGUCGGCCCCGUCGCGCUGCUCAACGCCGCGGCGCUCGACCCCGUCGCGCUGCCCAGCGUCGACGCGCUUGCCCCUGACGCGAUGCUCAAAAAGGAAUUGCUCGUUGCACUGCCUGUCUCACUCGCGAAGCCGCCGGCGCUGGAUCCCGGCGCGACGAUCAACGUCGCGGUGCUCGACUCAGUCGCGCUCGGCCCCGUCGCGCCACUCAUAUUCGCGGUGCUCGACUCUGUCGCGCUGGGCCCCGUCGCGCUCCUCAACGUCGCGGCGCUCGACUUCGCCCCGCCGCCAUGCGCGGGCGCGCUGGCCCCUGCGUCGCGGCGCUCGGCUCCGCCGAGCCGCCCGCCACCGCGGUGCUCGACUAAAUCGCGCUGGGCCCUGCUGCGCCGCUUUAACGUCGCGGCGCCCGACUCUGUCGCGCCGCUGAGCGCCGAGGCGCCGGUCCAAGACGCGAUGCUCAUAGACGCGGCGCUUGCUGCACUCCUCGACGCGCUCGUAGACGCGGCGCAACUGGCGCCGAACCCCGUCGCGCUGCUCGACGCCGCGGUGCUCGACGCCGUCGCGCUGCUCAAAGACGCGGCACUCGACUCCGUCGCGGUGGGCCCCGUCGCCCCGUUCAGGGCGCAGACUUGCUGCUCUAGAAACGCGGUGCUCGCUGCGCUGCUCGAAUUGACCGAAAAUGCGAAGCUGCCGGCGCUGGGCCGCGCCGCGCCGCUCAACGCGGCGGCGCUCGACUCCGUCGAGCCGGACCAGGUCGCGCUGCUCAGCGUCGCGGCGCUCGACUCCGUCGCGCCGGUCAACGUCGAGGCGCCGGCGACGGAAGCGCUGCUCAAAGACGAGGCGCUCGUUGCACUGCUCGCCUCACUCCCGACGCGAGGCUGCCGGCGCUGGAUCCCGCCGCGCUGCUCAACGUCGCGGCCCGACCCCGUCGCGCUGCUCGGCAUCGCGGCGCUCGACUCCGUCGCGCCGGAUCCC